UUGGAGAAGCAAGAGUGUAAGACGCAUUCUUGAAUCGCCAGUACUGCAUCGCAUAUCCAGAUGUCAGGCAAUAUGCGCCGCUCUGCCUUGCGGGCCAUCGAGUCCGCAAAGCCACUGAAUCGAGUUCCUCGCUCAGUGUCAAGAAGCUUUGCUACUCUGAACGACACGUCCAAGGACCCCGCAGAGUUAGACCAGAUCACUACCCUUCCGAAUGGAAUUCGCGUCGCCACAGAAUCAUUACCCGGUCCCUUCGCCGGUGUCGGAGUUUACGUCGACGCCGGAUCACGUUACGAAGAUGCCAGCCUGCGUGGCGUCAGUCACAUUAUGGACCGACUGGCCUUCAAAUCGACCAAAUCGUAUACCGGAGAUGAGAUGCUGGAGGUCCUCGAGUCCCUGGGCGGCAACAUCCAAUGCGCCUCGUCACGGGAGUCGCUGAUGUACCAGUCGGCCAGUUUCAACUCCGCCGUCCCUACCACGCUCGGCCUGCUCGCGGAGACCAUUCGGGAUCCUCUCAUCACCGAGGAUGAAGUCUUACAGCAACUCGCGACUGCGGAGUAUGAGAUUGGUGAGAUCUGGGCGAAGCCCGAGCUCAUCCUGCCGGAACUGGUCCACAUGACAGCCUACAGAGACAACACACUCGGCAACCCACUGUUGUGCCCCAGUGAGCGACUGGGUGAGAUCAACAAGGCGGUGGUAGAGCGUUACCGUGAGGUCUUCUUUAACCCGGACCGAAUGGUGGUCGCUUUCGCCGGUGUCCCCCAUGCUGAGGCCAUCAAGCUUACCGAGCAAUAUUUCGGUGACAUGAAGGCCAGCGAACAGAACAAGGGACCCGUUCUCUCCGGCAGUGGCAUUGACACCACCCUCUCGGACUCCCCUCAUGCUGUCAACGAGGGCCAGGUCCCGACCGUGCCCCAGUUCACUCCCUCGUCAACUGUGAGCACCCCGGCCGCUUCGCAAAACACGCAUUCAUCGAUCUUGUCGAAACUCCCAUUCCUUAAGAAACUCUCUACUUCAUCACAAAAUAAUGCCGCGGUUGAGCCCCUCCACCCGUCCUUGCUUGAGCCCUCUGCUCUGGAUCUCAAACGACCCGCCCACUAUACGGGCGGAUUCAUCGCUCUUCCUCCUAUUCCGCCGCCGGCGAACCCGAUGCUGCCUCGUUUGAGUCAUAUCCACCUUGCAUUCGAGGCACUCCCCAUCUCCUCUCCAGAUAUCUACGCCCUGGCUACUCUCCAAACCCUUCUGGGCGGUGGUGGCUCUUUCUCGGCCGGUGGGCCCGGCAAGGGCAUGUACUCGCGACUCUACACCAAUGUUCUCAACCAGCACGGUUGGGUCGAGAGCUGCAUUGCCUUCAACCACAGCUACACCGACAGCGGCAUCUUCGGAAUCUCCGCCUCGUGUAGCCCAACCCGCACCACCGAGAUGUUGGAGGUCAUGUGCCGCGAGUUGCAGUCGCUGACCCUGGACAACGGUUACUCUGCUCUGCAGACCCAGGAAGUUAACCGCGCCAAGAAUCAGCUCCGCUCUUCGCUUCUCAUGAACCUCGAGUCGCGCAUGGUUGAACUUGAGGAUCUCGGUCGUCAGGUGCAGGUUCACGGUCGCAAGGUCGGCGUGAAAGAAAUGUGCGACCAAAUCGAGGCUUUGACUGUCGAGGAUCUUCGUCGUGUCGCUCGCCAGGUCUUUGGCGGCCACGUCCAGAACAACGGCAAGGGAACCGGUAAGCCCACUGUCGUGUUGCAGGAGGGCGAACUGGAGGGAUUCAAACUCCGCUCGUUCCCCUGGGAAGAGAUCCAAGAGCGUAUUGCUCGGUGGAAACUUGGCCGGAGGUAA